CUCUUGUUUCACUCUUUACCAUCUUUUCUCACUUAUUUCAAGAAGAAGAAGAAAGAAAAAAGAAAGAAAGAAAAAAAAAGGUGGAAUAUAUUUAUAUGCAAACGUCUGGUGCACCUCCCAUGUUUAGGAACAAGAUUCUAUCGAGUCUCAAUGUUCCUCGACGUUAUAGUAUACCAGUUAUUCUACUUCGUGCACUUAGUCUGAUACCAUCUCUUUUGGGUUUUACUUACAAUACAAAAGCUACUUGGCAUGUUGACGAACGUGAUGCUGGUGGUGCUAUUUAUCUUUCCAAUACAAAAGCAAAUUAUUUUGUUGCCACUCUCUGGUGUGCUUUGGCAGGUUAUUGGAGUUGGAUUCUCAUGACAAGUAUGACACGAAGAUGGCUUUAUCAUUAUGAAGUCAAUAAUGCCAUUGUACGACUUAUUACUUUAACAGUUCUCAAUUGGUCAACUGCAGCAUUUAUCAGUUCUAAAGGUGGUUCACCAACCAAGAUAUGGAUGACCAUUUGUUUUGUUCUUUUGGUUUGCAAUAUUUUGAAACUAGUCAUUGCCAAUAGUCCAAAAUAUCAUCGAAAAGUAGAAGACGUAUCCAUUCCUCGUAUUAAUCUCAAGUCAACUGCUGUCAAAGUUUUGGUUUUACCUCUCUUGGUUGUUACUUGUUGGACUAUGUAUGUAGGAAUUCAACAAACAAAUACACUUUUAUACACUACUAGUCAAUUAAUGCAACAUCAACCCUAUCUCUUGGAUACUUCAGUAACAACAUCUUCAGUAUUAAUAUUGAUUUUAUCUUCUUGGACAAAUAAAGCCGCAAUCAGACGCCAAAUACUUCGUGAUACUUCUUUACAACUUCUUAACAAUAAGAAUUCUCUAUCUGUAACAUAUCGUUUUGUGGUUGGACAACCUCCUUCGGCAUGGGCUCAAGCAACUAUGGGUGCUGCUCUGAUAAAUGAAUCAAAUCAAUAUCAUGAUAUGCUGGUCAUUCCUACUUCUGAUUUGGAUAUUCAUCAAAGCUGGAAACUCUUUUCUGCUUUACGUUGGUCUGUUGAUAUCGAUUAUGAUUAUCUUGUUAAAACAAUUGAUGAUGUUUUUGUUCGAUGGGAUCGUCUUACUGAUGAAUUGAUCUCUCAAGGUCAUCAAACACAAUACUGGAAAGGAUUGGUUUACAGGAAUAUGCCAUGGAAUUUUCGAAAUAUCAAGAAAUCAACCAAUGUCGAUUAUGCCAUACCAGUUCUUCCAUCCUUUACAUCAGGUACUUUAUAUACUCUAUCAAAAGAUAUGGUACAACGGAUUGUUCAACAUAAUUCUACUCGUCGCUAUUCAGACAAUGAAGAUGAAAAUCUCUCUUUUUGGUUAUUUGGUGUGGAUAUUCGACCUCAACAUGAUGCAAGAAUUCAGGAUUUAGAAAAUGUCUGUGAAGAUGAUCUUUUGGCAAAACCUUUUACAUCAUCACCCUCUCUAAUGAAAAAAAUGUACGACAAUAUCAUUCAACAACGACCUCAAUGUACAGGAUUGAAAAUGGAAAACUGCGCAGUAUGUUAUCCUUGUUACGGUAAAAAGAAUGAUUGGCGAGACCUCAACUUUCAAUGUGAUCAGCUUAAAGGUGUGUCUCCAAUGAAAAAUGCAUAUGCACAAAUAGCUGAUGGUGUGGUAAAGGAUACACUUCCUCCUUCUGUGAUUGGUGAAAAUGAUGAAUGGAUUAUUGAUGGUAUUCUCUCUCGACGAACAUCCAAAUAUUCUGAUGGUGACGACUGGAGUUUGGUUUAUUGGGUAUGCUGGACAAGUGAGCCUUCUACUUUUACUGAACGACAUUGGCGUGCUUUGGAACUGGUAUGGGUACAUGAACCAAGGGCAGUCAUCUUUAUGAUAUCAAAUACAUUACCUCAAGCCUUCUUUGAUGAUUACACCAAGUAUGGAUAUAACAUUCAAGUUGUUCAUUUUAACAAGGAAAAUCUUUUGAAUUGGCAAUGGUAUUUUGGACCCGGUACACGCGAUUGGUUGAGUAAUUGGGAGAACUGGGAAAAAGGACAAUUCUUCUAUUGGCAUUUGACUGAUUACAUUCGAUGUUUACUCUUGUAUAAUUACGGUGGCACAUAUAUGGAUAUGGAUGCACUAUGGAUUCGCCUACCUCCUGAUCGAAAUAUGGAAUUUAUUGGAUCUGAUUAUUCAAGUCUUGAAUCAGAUCGACAAUGGACUUUGGAUGAUAAAGGAUUAUACUUGCCUCAAGGUGUCAUGCGAUUCAAACGCGGAUGGAAACUGUUCCGUGAAAUGGCCGAAAGUGCAUUCUCUGCUUAUACUUACGAUCCCGGAUGUUUCAAUUGUGGUGGACCUAAAGCAAUCACAACUUAUGCACGACAACAUCGCUCUUCUUUGGAAAAUGCUGGAUUCACCAUUCUACCACGUGAAGUCUUGUAUCCCUCAAGUUAUCUUGAAAUCAGCAAUUAUCUAUUGCCCGAUCCUCUUGCAGAGCAAAAAUUACGAACGGAUUUGAUGACAACAACUUGGAAUAUCCACUUGUUUGGUAAAAUGACAAAUCAUUUAUCUGUACAGCGUGGUAGUAUUGUAGAUCUUGUAUUACGUGCCUUUGAUUUAGAUUUACCUCACAUCAAUGCAAAAACAGGAAAAAUCAUCAGCUCAACAAGUUCAAGAAAUGUAGCCCUACGUCUUAUUGGACCUAGAGAUUAUGUUUAUCGUGCUCGAUCUUCUCUUCCUUCUUCUUCUUCUCAAUCCCUUUCAUUGGAAUCUGUCCCUGGAAAAUUACAAGGUCUUAAUGUGAUUUAUAUUCGUGGUGGUCCUCCCCGUCUAGCACAAGUGACAAUCGAUUUAGAUGUUGUCGUAGGUAAACUUCAAAUUGGUAUUCCUCUCGGUGAACCUUUUAUGCAGACAUCCAUUACUUUGACAGACGUCACACAACAACAUAUCAAUGCUCUACUGAAUAGUAUUGUCUACUUACCAAGUUCUUUACAUGUGGCUAAUGGAGGAAAAGAUCUGCUUCAUGUUACUAUCUCUUAUCACAACGGCGAGUUGAUCAAGGAAACUGAUAAGAUUGAAGUGGCUAUAUUUACUAUGGAAGCGGAUGAAACUUAGUUAUUUAUUAUUUAUAUAGUUUAGUGUUUUAUAUUACUUUGUAUACCUUUUAUUAUUGUAGAAAAUGAAAUUAAUAAAAAAAAAAAAGUACCAACAUUGUCUGAUUAUUAUUAUCAUAGAACAAUUAUCAAAGAAAAAAAAAAGAAUAACGUGAUCAGACUAAAAGUUAAUAAU